AUGUGUUGUGACACUGCCCACUGUCACCAUAGAACCAUGGGUGGAUAUCAACCAAGCAACAACAUUGACCUGUCUACCGUCUCAGGGGACACUACGUGAAUUGCGUUGGAGAAAAUAUUCUCUGAGUGAACAAUCUUGCGAUUAUAGCCUAUCGUGUCUUAAUAUUGUGAGAUUGGAAUUAGGCACGGUUAUUUGGGGUUCAGAUCAAAACCGUUAUACUUUUGAUGAAACUCAAAGUGAUUAUCCUCUAACCAUCAAAUCAGUCACAUUAGCAGAUGAAAGGUACUAUGGUUGCUAUACCAAUGUUGCCGGAGAAGGACCAUAUUCUUCUAACUCAACAGCGAUGCGAGUAAGAGUGCCACCGAGUUCUCUUGCAAUCACUUACUACGGUGCAUCAUACAGCGAUGGGGUGUCCUUUCCUGUUGUUGCCGGAAACAACCAUUCAUUCAGCUGUACCACACCUGGAGUCAAGCCAGCGACCAAGUUCACUUGGAUUCUAUCUGCUGGCAUCACUUCAGACCAGCCACUAGGAUCUCAGACAGAAACUCCUAAUAGCGACGACAGCAGGUUGACAGACAGCACCAACACGAUCACUGUAAACAUCGCAAAGACACCAGCGAAUGCUCAGCUGACUUGUGGUGCUACCAAUAGACAAGAUGGAUCAAACAUUGCAGAUAUGAGCAUCACUGUUACUCUUCAAGUCAGAGUGCCACCAACAAAAGUGAAAUUAUCCGAUUCAAACGGUGACAAGGCACCUGGCGAGGUAGUGAAUGUUACUGAGGGAACACCGUACCCAAUGACGUGCUUGGUACAGGGUACCAGACCAGCUGCCACAAUUCAGUGGUUUAUGGAUAAUGUCGCACCAUCAACUGGGGUCGAAACCCUGACUGAAUCUUCUUCAAAUGGAUUGAUAGAUACGGCAGGCACCUGGACGUUCACUCCAGUCAGAGCCAAUCACAGACAGGUGGUGAAGUGUGUAGCCAACACUUUAGAGUCGCAGCAACCAUACCCAUCUGCAGAGAUUACACUGAAUGUAUAUGGUCCCCCAGACAAUCCAAUGAUCACGAGUAGUACACCAAUGAUGGAGGGUGCAGAAACAAGACUUAUAUGCACAGCAGACAAGGGUUACCCAAAUAACUGGCAACUGGAAUGGUCCAAUGGAACUAUGGGGUUUGACAGUACAAAUACGACUUACCAGGAUUCAUUAACAUUUAGCGAUCGUUACCUGUUUACAAGCAACUUGGAUAUAACUCCAUCAAGAGAGGACAAUGGCAGGACUGUCAUCAACUGUUCUGCAGAGGGAGGGUCAUGGAUCCCAGGCAGGGAGGGCUCGUAUGGACCUAUUGAUGUUCAGUUUUGUGCAAGAAUUGUGAGUGCUCAGUGUCCAGUAGUUACAGCAGGCAACACAGCAACCUUGAGUUGUACAUCAGAGAGUAGUAAUCCAGAAACCAAUCUAACUUGGUACGAUAAGAACAACGUGGAGUUGACCAGUGAAACUCCUCAAGUCGAUCCCAACGGUGCUUAUGGAGGAGAAGUCACUACAAGACGAUACACAACUGCUGAACUAAGCAAGACCGACAAUGGCGAAGAGUUCAAGUGUUGUGCUACCAACAUUGCUAUUACAUGUGCUUCCAAUCUACAUGUAUGUGACAUGUGCACACUUGAUGUUCGAUAUCCUCCAGUAUUGUCCCAACCUACAAAGACUCCAACUGAACCAGUUGUUGAGGGCAGUAAUGUAACCCUUGCAUGUACUGUAGAUGCCAAUCCUAGGCCUAGUGACAUCACUUGGAAGAAGCAAGACUCAAGUGAAGCAUUCAGCUCGGUGUACAAUGAAUUCAAUAGUACACUGACUCUGAGUAACAUCAGGAGGGAGCAGGCUGGGUACUACAUGUGCCAAGCUAACAACGGGGUGCCUACAGCUGACCCAAAUGAUGACGUGGUGUCAGAUUCAGUUACUCUUAUUGUGCACUAUGAGGUGAACAUCACCAAUAAAGCAAAUGAUAAAGAAGAAGUGAACAAUGGUGAUAAUGCUGUCUUAACCUGCGUUGCGGUGGGCAAUCCUCAGCCAGUCAUGGAGUGGUAUGGUCCAAACACCAUGGGGAUAAUCAGUGACAUGGACGAAGGCAAGUUCCUCAUCACCAAUGAGACAUCUGGUGGAGAUGGAGUUUUGGGGUUUGAGGUCACAAGCACAUUGACCAUCAAGGCAGUAGAUUCCCUGGUUGAUUAUGGGGUGUACACCUGCAUCAGUUCAAAUGGCAUCGGGAGAGAGGACUCACUUAACAUCACCCUCAAUGGAACAAGACGACCAGACGAGCCUACUGGAGUUGUGAUCACUGAGCGGACGGCAGAGUCUCUGACUGUGGGUUGGACACCUGGCUUUGAUGGUGGUGAGGAGCAGUCAUUCCGUGUCAGCUACUUCAAGUCAUCAGACCCGUCCAAAGUGGUCUUCACUGACGAGAUACCGAUAGGUGGAAAGACAACAUCCACAGCAACGGGUCUGGAUGACUACACAGAGUAUGAGAUCAGGGUGUAUGCCAAGAAUGCCAUCGGUGAAAGCAUUGGAUAUGGCAACACAACGGGAUAUACACUGCCUAAUCCACCAGGCCCUGGCUCAGGGAUCACUGUAGGGUUUAACAAGAAAGAUGGGACUGUGGCAGUUGGAGGGCUGAAGGAAGGGAAUGGAUGCAUCCAGCUGGAAGUCCAAUACCAAGGCAAUGGCACCUGGAAAGAGUGUGGAGCCUGUAUCAGCUCAGAUCAGAAAGUGAAGCUCUCUGAAUGGUGUGCGUCAUCUCAGAAGCGAAGAAGACGAGCUGCAGGAGACAUUGAAGCCGUCCGCUCCAAAAAGUGCUUCGAUGAUUUGUGCAGUGAACCAGCAGCUGCUGAAAUUGUCAAGCCAACUGAUGCAACUCCCCUUGGACUUGAUAUUGGCCUCAUCGUUGGAGCGACAGUAGGAGGCAUCAUACUCAUCGCUAUCAUCGUUGUUCUGGUUGUCUACUUGGUCAGGACCUCACCCCAGAGGAAGAAUGGCAAGGAAGAUUCCUUCAGCCCUGCCUACUAUAUUCAAGAAGUUGAACUACAAGAACCAAGCCAUGAUGUGCAGCCAGAGGAGAACAAUGGCAUAACAAACCAAGCCCUGCAGAACAAGGAUGGAUUGGAAGCAGACACUACCAAAGGACCCAUUCCUGUCAAGAGAUACACCGUGGACAGUGGAGACACCUAUGCACAGGUCAACAAGACUAAAUUGCCUCCUAAGCCUCAAUCGGCCAGAUCAGCUCCCACAAUCUACAAGGACAAGAAACCCAAACCACCUCAUGAUGACUACGCAGCAAUGAAGAAACCCAAGAAAUAUGUUCCUCCAUCAUCCAGAGCUGCUGAGGAGUCAGCAUAUGAAGAGAUACAGAUCAGUGACAAAGACAAGGCAAAGAGCCCCCCAGCUGCAGCUGCUGAGGAGUCAGCAUAUGAAGAGGUGCAGAUCAGUGACAAAGACAAGACAAAGAGCCCCCCAGCUGCAGCUGCUGAGGAGUCAGCAUAUGAAGAGAUACAGAUCAGUGACAAAGACAAGGCAAAGAGCCCCCCUGCUGCAGCUGCUGAGGAGUCAGCAUAUGAAGAGGUGCUGAUCAGUGACAAAGACAAGACAAAGAGCCCCCCAGCUGCAGAUGACUACACAGCAAUGAAGAAACCCAAGAAAUAUGUUCCUCCAUCAUCCAGAGCUGCUGAGGAGUCAGCAUAUGAAGAGGUGCCGAUCAGUGACAAAGACAAGGCAAAGAGCCCCCCAGCUGCAGCUGCUGAAGAGUCAGCAUAUGAAGAGAUGCAGAAUAGUGACAAAGACAAGGCAAAGGGCCCCCCAGCUGCAGCUGCUGAAGAGUCAGGAUAUGAAGAGAUGCAGAAUAGUGACAAAGACAAGGCAAAGGGCCCCCCAGCUGCAGCUGCUGAAGAGUCAGGAUAUGAAGAGAUGCAGAAUAGUGACAAAGACAAGGCAAAGGGCCCCCCAGCUGCAGCUGCUGAAGAGUCAGGAUAUGAAGAGAUGCAGAAUAGUGACAAAGACAAGGCAAAGGGCCCCCCAGCUGCAGCUGCUGAAGAGUCAGGAUAUGAAGAGAUGCAGAAUAGUGACAAAGACAAGGCAAAGGGCCCCCCAGCUGCAGCUGCUGAAGAGUCAGGAUAUGAAGAGAUGCAGAAUAGUGACAAAGACAAGGCAAAGGGCCCCCCAGCUGCAGCUGCUGAAGAGUCAGGAUAUGAAGAGAUGCAGAAUAGUGACAAAGACAAGGCAAAGGGCCCCCCAGCUGCAGCUGCUGAAGAGUCAGGAUAUGAAGAGAUGCAGAAUAGUGACAAAGACAAGGCAAAGGGCCCCCCAGCUGCAGCUGCUGAAGAGUCAGGAUAUGAAGAGAUGCAGAAUAGUGACAAAGACAAGGCAAAGGGCCCCCCAGCUGCAGCUGCUGAGGAGUCAGCAUAUGAAGAGGUGCAGAAUAGUGACAAAGACAAGGCAAAGAGCCCCCCAGCUGCAGCUGCUGAGGAGUCAGCAUAUGAAGAGAUGCAGAUCAGUGACAAAGACAAGACAAAGAGCCCCCCAGCUGCAGAUGACUACACAGCAAUGAAGAAACCCAAGAAAUAUGUUCCUCCAUCAUCCAGAGCUGCUGAGGAGUCAGCAUAUGAAGAGAUGCAGAUCAGUGACAAAGACAAGGCAAAGAGCCCCCCAGCUGCAGCUGCUGAGGAGUCAGCAUAUGAAGAGGUGCCGAUCAGUGACAAAGACAAGACAAAGAGCCCCCCAGCUGCAGACUCUGCUGACACAUAUGCAAGUGUUGGGGGGCAACAGGACACAAGUGGACGAGUGGUGACCGAGGACGGCUUGAUCUAUGCUGAGGUGGGUCAUAUGAAGCAACAUCCUGUAGAUCAACCACCCAUCCAGACAGAGGAAUCAACGGAAUACGCUUCGCUGGACUUCGCACGGAUGAAACCGGAGGAUAAGUAGACGCUGAUAAGGAAUGAUUUCGCUCAGUCGUAAAUGUGAAACGUGUUCCAAGACAUUCCUUAAGGCUUGUUCAUAGUCGGUGCAAAACUGAAUGGGAAUUUGUGAUGUCAUGGCAAGUGCACGUAUGCUGCAAAUUCGCACUUGUUGAAAACAUUCCAAUUCUUGCAAAUUUUACUGCAAAUUUGUGUGACGUCCAAUGUUCCUGACAUUCACAUUAAUUAUGAGCAAGCCUUAAUGCAAUGUUAGGCCGUGUCCGAAACAGGUUUCCAGAGCUAGAGCUACGGCUGCGUCUAUUGUCAGCGCGUCCCGGCGUAUUUUCAAUAGGUGCAGACCUAGACCUAGCUGUAGACAGCUGAUUCGGAUGCAGCCUUAUACAUGUUAUACCUUUAUGUGAUCAGUAUAUGUACAUCAUACUGAAGUUGUACAUUUAAAUAGUGAAUCACAAGAUACCUGGACUAGUAAUCGGGGGGUCGUUGGUUCGAGUCCCACCCAGUUAACUGUAGAAAAUGUUGUCACAACGUCUCAUAGAUAUGAGUAGAGAGUGAACACAUGAUUGUGAAAUAUGUCACCUGUGUUUUGUACUUAGUUUCUCGUUGCGGUUUAUCUAGGAGGCAGAAGAAAAUGUUUAACCACAAAAACCUUCUUUGAAAAAAAAAAUGAUUUAGCCUAUAAAACGUGUCUAAUUUUCAACAUCUGGACAAGCUGUAAAUAAACAUUCCUUGCCAAGAUUUUAAAGGUAUAAUAUAAACCAAUUUUUUCUUUCAUACUUUAAAAUUUAAUUGGUUUGUGCUGUACAGCAUCGUUAAGCGGUGAAUUGAGAUAUACAGGGCUCUUAUAGACUCUGUGCGCAAGUACCCCCUCAACGGUUACAAAAGGAGAGUUGGGGGACCUUGACCUUGGAGGGAAUCUUGAGCACAUUACAGGAGCACCUGACGCUCGUGCCAAGUUAUCACCAAUUCAUGCAAAUUCAAAACGAAAUAGUGUGUACUUUGCCCCAUGUGCGUACGAGUCAGUACGCGCAUGCAGCACGUCCCUCCCAUUGGAACUAUUGAAAGGGGUCACUAGGCGCCAUGCACUUCUUGUUCGCGUUGUCCACUGUUCAUGCACA